AUGUGCUUGACUCGUGCUGGCCAGGUUGAAAAACUAGGAAUCCUUGCAUCUCUGACUUCAGAUUUCCAUAAUGAGGAGCUGGGAAGUAUGCUGGGAGAAGAGAUUUCAAGGAUUAUGCAGGAUCAGAGGUCCUUGGAGAGGAGAUACGAAGAGCUCAUUCAAGAGAGGAGGAAUAUGAAAGGCAUUUCAAACAGAAUGAAGUAUCAGGCGAAUGAAAAUGAGAUCCAGCAAAUUCGAGCUGAACGUGGAGCGCUUGAGACUCUACUUGUCAACCCAGCACAUGAAAUGCAAUUUGCAAGUUUCAACUCUUUGGCGGAAGUUGUUGAGAAAGGCCAGCGGAUGAUGGAGCACAUGAAAGUAGUUCUGGCGCGUGAGAAAGAGCUGAGCGAGUCUGUGGCCAGGUUGAAACAAGAGCUCAACGAAGAACGAAGCAACUUUGAGAGAGAGGUUUUGAGCAAGAACGAGUUGAUUGCGGAGUUGAAAGAAACAUUGCAAGCGAAGAAAUCGGAGACUGCGAUCGAGCUUCGAUAUCUUGCAAAGGAGUUUAAAGCGAAUUACCACUGCACACAGCGAGAACGAGAAAAAGAGAUGAAAGAAUUGCAAGAUCGGAUUGAACAGAUCGAGAAAGAAAUCGACAUAGAAAAACAAGCCAACGAGCUUCAACAGGAAUUUCAGAGAAGGAAGUUAGUUGCCAUGUCCGAGAAAUCUGAGGCAUGGGAUCACAAGUUCGAGGCGGACUUGGCUUUCAAGACAAAGGAGCUGGAGAACUUGAAAGAAGAACGUGAAUCUGAUCUAUUGAGAUUGUACGAGCUGGAGAAGCGAUACAACCAAGACAUCGCUGCAAGACAAGCCAAGGAAGACGAAGAGAGGAGAAUGAAAGAACUUGAGGCCAUGCGAGUUGCGGCGGCGGAAAGAGAGUUUCGUGCUGCAACCCUUCUGCAAUGCAACAUCCGCAUGCAUCUCGCUCGAGAGUGUGUGUCUGACCUCAAGAAUCCGAAGAAGAAGAAGGGAAAGAAGGGAAAAGCAGCUGGGAAAAAGAAGAAGUGAUGUCACAUCGAUGUUAGAUUAACAAGUUUAAUCAUAUUCCAAACAAACCGCAUAUUUCCUC